GUGAGGGUCAUUUAUCCCUGAUUUCUCAUAAUUAUUCUGACGUCUCAUCAAUUGACAUCGAUCUUCAGUGGUAAUAAGUGCUGUUUCGCGCAGUUGAAACAUUCGGCGAAUCUGACCAUGGCGUUAUUGAGAAUUGGCAGUGUGGAAAUGUUAAAUUCUUUAACUCGCGUCUCACGCGCAGCAUUCCUGGAGAUGCAGUGUGCGACCCCGGCGGCAGUUCAUUGGAAACAGCAGCCGUUGCACUUGACUAGCGCACGUUAUUAUCCAGAUCCACCGACUCUCACUUUACCGAAUAAUGUUUGUGACAUUUUUGCUAAUGAGACUGGUCGCUUCACGCCAGAACGCGCGCGUGACAUCGCACUGUAUACGGAGAACGGUGGUACCUCUGUUUCCACAGCAAACUGUUCUGGAUUUCCCAAGAUCCGCGAUGACAGCCAUGUGGACUCGUACGAUUGUUUCGGUGCAGUCAGUCUGAAUGGCACGAUGCAGAGCAAUGUACCAAAGCCAUUUUCCUCGUGCGGCAAAUCCAUGCAUCUUAAUAUGCCUGGUGGGCAGUGGUCCCGCGACGGCAAAUACAUCGCUGAGGACAUGCAACGCUCACAUUACCGCAAGUUGUCGUGUGCAACUAAUGCCUUCAUAAUGAACCCGCUUUUACGAGCGACAUAUUGGCCAAUUUAUACCACCAGAAUAAGCUACUCGACCGACAUCUCUAAAACAUCCCAGAAGGAUCAAGCUGCGGUAUUCGCAACGAAGUCGAAGCGGGAAAGAUUUCGCCUAUUAUUGAGGGAUUAUGGAAGCACUCUCCUCAUUUUUCAUAUCACUAUAUCGCUGAUAAGCCUCGGUGGUUGUUAUACGGUGGUCAUUAGUGGGAUCGAUGUAACACCGUUUGUACAAACGUGGACAGGAGGAAACGAACAGGUAGAGAGCUUGCUGAAAGUUUCGACGGACUUUAUAAUAGCAUAUACAGUUCAUAAACUGCUCGCACCUGUUCGAAUGGGAAUAUCCUUGAGCGUGACUCCAAUGCUCGUGAAAUAUCUGAGGAAAAUAGGCUUGCUUAAAAUAGCGAAAAAAAAAUCAGCAUCUACACCAACAACUUCACCAAUUAAAUCAUCACCAUCUUCGUAA